AUGAAAAAUAACACAGGCCAGCAAGUUUAUGAAGAGAGUUCAAGAUCUAACUUUACUGCUAUCCUUCUUUAUUGUAUUUUAGUUUGUUUCGGCUUUGUAUUGGGAUACUCUGGAUACAAGAUACCCGCAACAAGUUCAUGCAACCAAAUAUCUUCAUUUCCUUUCGAGGUUCAAAGAAACAAACACGUUCUUGAAGUAAAUUCGGGUCUGAAGCAGGAGCCUGAAAUGUUUAACGGGGUUGAUAACUUAGCUAAAAAAGCUUUUUCUUGCAAUGAUCGUGCAGCGUACGAUGAACUCACUCAGCUUUAUGUACGUAGAACUGAACUAGAAAAACAUCGGGCUAAAGGUGAAGCAAAUCGUGAUAGAAUUGCAACAAUAAAUCGUAAAACAAUACAGGCAGAAUCGUCAGAGCAAGCAUUUCGUACUUGCCUUAAAAAAAUGGUCCCAGAACUACUGAUCAUGUGGGACGAUGAUUUGAGGGAAGGCAAGCUGAGGUUCAAAGAUAUUCUUGCAAAUAGUAGAUAUGAUGAAAAUGGAAUAAAUUUGAAAAUAUUGGAAGAAACUGCUGACGAGCUGGAUUCAUCUCCAAUUGUUCCUUGA